CAGUGGCGCUAUUGCAUCCGUCUAGAGAACCUCGGAGACAUGUCUGUUCAACUGAGGGAGCGUCACUGGCGGAUAUUCAGUCUGUCCGGAACACUGGAGACUGUCCGAGGGAGAGGAGUGGUGGGGCAGGAGCCUGUGCUCAGUCGCAGUCUUCCUGCUUUUCAGUACAGUAGCCACGUCAGCUUGCAGGCACCGAGUGGUCACAUGUGGGGCACCUUCAGGAUGGAGAGAGAGGAUGGGUAUACAUUUGAUUGCAGAAUUCCUCCAUUCUCUCUGGAAAGUAAAGGUGAUGAGACUACUUCUUCAGGGACUCCAACCAGUUCAGAAUCCGAAUAGUCCACGAUGUAGCUGGCCUGACCAUCAUAAUCUUUACUUCUAAUUCAUUUUCAAUAUUUAUGUUUUUCAAAGGGGAUCAGAAACUUUGCUCUGCCAAAUCUUUUAGAAUUGUAUUUUUGGCAUAACUUUAUUGGUAACCGGAUGAUUUUAAAGCAUUGAUCGACUCGAUGCUUGGCUCGAAUUUAAUUAACUAAUUUACACGUAUGGCUUGUAAGGUUAACAUGUUAUGACAAAUUUAUGCUCAUCAAGUGAGAGAUUCAAUUCUUACUUAAAUUUUAUAUAUAUAUAUAUAUGUUAACUUACCCUUGUUUUAACUGAUAGUUGUUCAGGAUUAUAAUUUAAUAUAGGAAGUAUGUCGGGUUAGUUUUGGUUUUUUUUUAUUUUGCAAAGUAACUUUGUGAUUUUUAAUUAAGUAAAAGGAACUAUACAUUAUGAUAAUUCCUUCCAAUAAAAUCAGCUAAGUUCUGAAUUUGACUAAAUAUUUUUAUUAUUGCUAUUAACAAUUAACAUUGGAUACCAAUAGACAGACACUAAGAGUACAAUUUGAUACUCUUAUCACAACACUAUUGAAGCAUACAUCACAUUGAUUCACCAGUUUUCUCCAUUGCCAACACCAGUGUUUAAAAAUGCUGGAGUCCCAAUUUUAUUAUAGAAAUCCGCCAAUGUUAUAAAAUGCCUGUGAUGCUAAAAAAACUUUUAAAAUGGUUGUUAAACCCUUUGGCGUUCUUAAAUUUUUAGUAAACUCUGGCAAUCUUAAAACUGCUGUUAUGUAUCGAUUCGCAAAAUCUGUAUAAAAGCAAUGAAACCGUUAUUCAAUAUUUAAUACAAACAACUUAAUAAUGUGUCAUAAUUUUCUUCAUAAAAUCUGUCUUUGUAAUGUUUAAUCAACAUUUUAAUGUUUUAACAAAUGUAUUAUUUUUUUAGAAUGCAAAGAUUUAAAAUUAUAAUUCCUUUAUCUAGUACUUAAUAUUAAAAAUUGUUCAUGAGUUUUACUGAAUCGAAUUCAGUAGUAUUGAAUUAUAUUUGGGUAAAAUUCAUACCUGUACUGUACUGAAUUAAACAGGCACAAACUCAUAACUUUGUGAUAGCCUCUUUCUUCCCUAUGAUGAAUACCAGAACAUAUUUUUCCCCAGGAGAAACUAAGUUCAUUUCGUAACUGCUAAAAUGUUCAGGUCUGUCUACAAUGUCUUGUCACACACAUAAUUCAAUGUAAUUGUUUUGUUUGAAAGGAAUUGUUUAAUUACACCCUAUUAUUUUGAACUAAAUAUAAACAUUGUUUUAGCCAUACAUUGCUUUUAAUUUAGUUGAAUUGUAGUUAAUUACCUAAUAUCCAAAAUGUAAUGUAUAGUAUUAUUUAAGAUUUUGUAGAAAGUUGUAAACAUGUUAUUUUGUUUGUUUCCCUAGAUUGUUCUUGUAAAUUUGCAUAGAAUUGUAAAUAACUUGUUAAAUAAAAUUUUUUGAAAUAAUUGAAC